UUGAACAAUGAAUGCUGUAGUUCUGUGUAAGUUUGUGUACAAAAGUUUAUUGAAGUCUUUUUUUUAUUUGGAAAGAUGAAAUUUUGCCUGUUGUUGACCUUUUUCUUUUUCACAUGCAAAGUGGUGAGAUGUCAAAGCGGAGGGGGAAAUUGCCAUCGGGUAGUUAACAUAUUCCCUGCUAAACUCAGAGAAUUAAGAGCUACCUUUCAGAAGGUCAAAAAUUUCUUUCAAAUGAAGGAUAACAACCUCGAGACUGUCUUACUUCAAGAUGAUCUGUUACAGGAAUUCAAGGGCAAUAUAGGAUGCCAGUCCGUGUCUGAAACAAUUCGAUUCUAUUUGGAAGAAGUUUUACCACAAGCCAAUCAUUACAAACUGAAUGUCAGCUUUCUCAAGGACAAGUUGCUGGAUCUUAAACACACCCUGAGACGCUGUCAUAAUUUCCUCCCAUGUGAAAGAAAAAGCAAGGCUAUCAAGGAGAUUAAGCAAGCUUAUAAUAAGAUGCGUGAACAGGGCAUCUACAAGGCAAUGGGAGAAUUUGAUAUUUUGAUUGACUACAUAGAGGAAUAUCUCAUGUCCAGGAAGAAGUAGACUGGUGGACCAUCAAUUUCUUUAUAAACUGGUUUAUCGGGGUUGUGGGGGCAGCAAAGUCUUCAAAUGUUUACAAAGAUGGCAUGUUUUAAUGCUGUCCUAUUUUUCUUAGGGCUUUUUGUGUAACACAACACAAGGAAAGCUUCAUUCUAUUCUAUGCAGCUGCAUAUUUUUAAAGAUAAAAAUGAAGAAACAGUUUGUUAAAUUCAUAUUGGAUGGUGCAUCUAUUUACAUGUGUCAGUUCUAUAAAGAAUUGGUUAUGACAUGGAAGUAGAAUGUUUUUUUUAAAAAGUGAAUAAAUAUCAAAGUGGUUAGUUUCUACUCACCUUCAGACCGACUAAUACUGAUAAUUGUAUCAUAAUUUUUCCCCAAUUGGAUCCUUAGAUUCUGGAAGACUAAAGCAAACAGGGUCUGCACAGUAUCUAGGUUUUUAGGGUAUAUUUAAUUGAUUAUAAAUGGUAAUGAACUAGGGAUGUUUUGGGUGUUUAAGCACAAUGCUACAUAUAAGGACAAUGGGACUCGGGGAGAUUUGUAUCCUGCGUUAAAAAGCCAUCCCCUUCUCUAACCUUAGAAUGCCUUCUUUGCAUUUUCCCACAAUUGCUGAAUUGUUGAGAGUAAUGUAACUUACUUGCAGCAAUUCUAAUGUUAGCGAAGGGGAUGACAUUUUCAGCAGAUUUGUUGCUCACGGUAGUGCAGAUUUUACCUCAGGUGACAAAUCUUACCAUGUGCCAUCACCCUAAAAGGUAUCACUAAACAAUGUAUUUACCUCCUGUUUGUAAGGAUUGUUUUGCAGCUUAAUUUUAUUGAAACUUCUUAGUGGCGUUUACUAGUUAUGUAUGUAUUUUUAAUUUAUUACAAAAGAAAUACCUCAGUAAAAAGCUGAUAUAAAGUUUGAUAGUUAUAUUGAUACAUUCUUUUUGCUUUUUGUGGAUUUUAUUGUUAAUGUUUGCAUCUAUUGUAUCUUUUAAAUGGGCACUGGAAAUAAUUCUACACUGAAAAUUAUUCCUGAAGAGUUUUUUUUUUUUAAAUAAAGCAUUAUUUUUCUAAAUAAAAUAUUUUUUUCUAUUUUUCUCUGUACAAAUGUCAUUGGUAUUUCAUGACAGGGACAUGAAUGGUAACAGCGUAGUUGUGCUUGUUUUACUAUUCUAUUAUACGCAAAACCAUUAAUUAAAUAAUCUGAUCAAUUGGUUGGUUGGCAAGUCGUUCAGAAUAGUUUGGCCAUCAAACGUGUCACACAUCCAUAUAUUUUGUAUUUAAUACUUCAGUGGAACAAUAAAAUA